AUGAACAGAACAGAAAUGGUUUUUAUUAACCGAUUAUGUAUAAGAAAUUUGACGACGUUAAGCAAAGCAUUAAAGAACUCCCAUGGUAGAGUAAUCAGAAAUGGGUCCUUUAGAAGAGUGAUUCGUGAAAAGAAUCAAAUAACGAGUACGCCACCAGUAUAUGCUUUUAACGAAAAUAACAAUAACGGUAUAAUAAAAAUACAUGAUCCUGUAGCUACUACAAUCCUCAACGAGCCUACCAUUAUUAUCGAAAGACAGAUGGAAUUUAUGAACGUCUUUCUAGGUUUUGAACAAGCAAAUCGAUAUGCUAUAAUGGAUGUGAACGGAAACAAAAUAGCAUCAAUGAUGGAAAGAGAUUUUUCUAUAACAAAAGCGAUAAUGCGGCAGUUUUAUCGUUUACAUAGACCUUUUUUAGUAGAUGUCUUUGAUAAUUGGGGAAACGUUAUAAUGACGAUCAAAAGACCCUUUUCCUUCAUCAAUUCACACAUCAAAACUAUCGUCCCUCCUUCAGCAUAUGUCGACAAUAGAAAUGAGACCACGCAUUGUCAUGACGGUGAAGAAGGAACGAUAGUUGGAGAAACUAUUCAAAAUUGGCAUCUGUGGAGACGUCGCUACGAAUUAUUCCAGAAAGAUGGAAUAGAAGAUUCUGCGUUCGAUCAAUUUGGUAAGAUAGAUGCGCCAUUUUUAUCCUUCGACUUCCCCGUAACAGAUGCUAUGGGAAAGAUAAUGGCUAGCGUGGAUAGAAAUUGGGUUGGCUUAGGAAGGGAACUGUUUACCGAUACAGGUGUUUAUAUUGUAAGAUUUGACUCGCAAAGAUGCUUUAACGAUAUUUAUCCUAUUGAAAUGCUAAGCUCUCAGGUACUAACUUUAGAUCAAAGAGCUGUGUUAUUAGCAAACGCUGUCUCCAUUGAUUUUGAUUAUUUUUCAAGACAUUCCAGACAAUCUGGGGGUUUCCUUUCUUUCGGCGGUGGCUAUGAUGAGUAG